AUGCAUAAAUGUCCGGAAUGCGGGAAAGAAUUCGAUCUCAAAAGAUAUCUGACAAAACACCAUAAAAGGAUGCACGAAGUGGUCCGCGAGGCGCCGAUUCCCGUCGCGGCUGAGCCGUUGAUUUGUGCGAUUUGCGCGAAGCCAUUUCCCCGUCUCUCGCACCUUCAAAGACACCAGAUGACACAUUUCAACGUCAAAAAUUUUCAAUGUGAUUAUUGUCACGAGUUUUUCACACAGAAGGCGCAUUUGAGUCGACAUUUGUUUCGGAAACACGAAGCCGAAUUCAAGGAGAAGCUCGUCGAGCAGAACGGCGACGCCGAAUCGACGCAUUUGCCGUUUUUCGUUUGCCCCAAAUGCGGGUAUUUGUUCAAAACCGCCUAUGAAUUGGAUUUUCAUCGAAGGGCGGCGCACAGUGCGGCGCGAUGUGAUCGCUGCUUGAAAAUUGUGUUCGGAAUCGAUGAAAUGAAGCGGCACGAGAUGAAAUGUCGAAACGAGCCGAACUUGUGCUCAAUGUGCGGGGCGACGUUCAACAAAAAAUCCGCGUUGUUGAUUCACCAAAACGCGUGCCUUAAAAGGGCGUUAUUCCAAUGUGUGCCGUGUGGGACAAUGUUCAAACAACGCGUCGAAUUGGAUCGACACUUUAAAAAAUUGCAUUUCACCACGGAAAAAUGCAAAAAUUGUGCGUUCGUCUAUCAGUCGCCGGUUCAAAAAGCGCGACAUGUUGGCGAGUGCGAAGGGAAAAUAAUUUGCGGGUAUUGCGGACUCGAUGGUCCCGACGCGGACCAUGUCGCUCAAAACCAUUGGGUUCGAUUUAAAAGGCCGGUCAACUUGAUAAAUCGCCAUAAAAGCAAAGCUUAUUUGAAAAUGGCGAAAGCGGCACACAAAGAUCAAGAAGCGGAAUUAGUCGAUAAUUGCGACGAGAUUCAGAGUACCGACGAUGGCAAUGAUUCGGAAGACGAACAGGAACCCUCGUCGUCGUCGGAAGGAGACGCUUCUGAAGGCCAAUCGUCGCGGGAGCAAGCCGAGCAGAUGGAUUUUGAGAAAUUCGACGUGAAAGAUUUCUCGACGAUUCUCGCCGAAUUCGAGGCGGAUCAGGAGCAAGACGAAGAGCAGUUUCUCACGUUUCAAAUCAAGCCCGGCGAUCGAGCGUUGUCAUACUCAUUCAAAGGGAAAUUGCCGAAAGACUUGGUCGACUUGUUUCCGGUGUUGGAUGAGACUGCAAUCGUGCUAUUGGAUUCCGUCCGAGACCAGAUAAUGACAGUGCAGGUUCCUGUGAGCAUUCCGAAGGGCAAAGAUGCGAAGAAGUGGUUCGAAGCGGCGAUUGUUGUGUGA